ACCAAAGCAAAGCUGAGCAGCUGUCUCAGUGUUUUCGUUAUUAACAAAUUAAAUACACAGCUCCCGCAAAACAGGAUCAUUUAAGGGACCGACGAGCGGAGCUUUAGCUCUUCUGUACCGCAGUUUGGAAAAAAAAGAAGAAGAAAAUAAGAUGAUAGCAUAACAUUAGCCAAACACCAAUUUUAUUUUAUUUUAAAGUUAUCUCUUUUAUUUAGUAGACAUUUUUAGUGUUUUUUUAUAUAAUUUUGAGUUAAAAAAUGAAGGGCUCCAGUUUUGGUUUUUCAAGCCGGAGGAGGCGGAGGAGCAGCGGGGCGGCCGGGCUGCUGUACCCGCUGCUCGGUGCGUGUCUCUGGGCUGCGGUGUCCGGGUACAAGCCGGUGAUCAUAGUGCACGGUCUGUUCGACAGCUCAGGGGAUUUUAUAAACUUACAGCGUUUCAUUAACGAGUCUCAUCCUGGAACAAAUGUCACGGUCAUCGACUUGUUCGACAGAAGCGCCAGCCUGCAGCCCAUGUGGAAGCAGGUGGAGGGAUUCAAGGCAGCUAUUUACCCAAUAAUGCAAAACGCGGCGGACGGGGUCCACUUCAUCUGCUACUCUCAAGGUGGGCUGGUCUGCAGAGGAAUCCUCUCCACUCUGUCCGACCACAACGUCGAAUCUUUCAUCUCUCUGUCUUCGCCUCAGGCCGGACAGUACGGAGACACAGACUACUUGAGGUACCUCUUCCCACAGUUUGUAAAGUCAAACCUCUUCCACCUCUGCUACACGUCGAUAGGUCAGAGGAUCUCCAUCUGCAACUACUGGAACGACCCUCACCACAGAGACCUGUACGUGAACAGCAGUGAAUAUUUAGCUCUGCUCAACAGCGAGAGACCCAAUCCAAACUCAACAGAGUGGAAGAAGAACUUCCUCAGAAUCAAGAAGCUGGUGCUGAUCGGAGGUCCAGACGAUGGAGUCAUCACUCCGUGGCAGUCGAGUCAGUUUGGAUUUUAUGACGACAACGAGACUGUCGUGGAAAUGCAGCACCAAGAUGUGUAUCUAAGGGAUGUUUUCGGCCUGAAGACGCUGGGGGCUCGUGGCGAUCUGAUCCUCUGUUCUGUUCCCGGAGUCGAACACGUGUACUGGCACUCGAACGAGACGGUGUUCCACCUGUGCAUGGAGAAGUGGCUGGUUUAAACUCUUUACAGCACACACUCACAGAUACACACACAGACAGGUACAUAGACACACACAUGCAUCCACAUCCCACAGCUUUAUAAGCUCAUAACUUCCAUCAUGUACAAAACAUCUGCCUCUAGAACCACUGUAACGUAUCCUCACAACAUCUGUGAGUGUACUGUAAUAAUUUUGGAUUACGGAUCUUAGAAAUCACCUGGUAAUCAAACCGUGUUUGUUUUUCGUUGUACUUUAUGUUCAUGAGCUUUAUGUUUCUGUUGAUACAUUUGCUUUUUUGUGCUGAUCCAAGUAACUCCUCAGUAGGUCACUUUAAUAGGAAAUAGUUUAACAUUUCUUUAUUUAUUCCCUUUAACGGUGUUGCUGCUGUCAGACAAAUCCAGCAGAUCUUCGUCUGUGUGCUAAAGGCAGAAAACACGAACAGGGCACGAACUGUCAGAAGCAACAGAUAUAAAGGCUUCCAAAAACAUAGUGUAUAACUAGUUAAAAGUUUAACUAGUUAUUUUUGUUAUAACAGUCUGCAACGGUAAUGCAAAUCAGACAUUAAAGGAGCAUUCCACCAAUUUAGUAUUGACAGGUUAAAAAAAGAUAAGGGUUGAAAAUCAUGGGGCCUUCUGCAAAAAGAAAUUAUAUUCCUAUCUUAACUUUCUCACACUUUUCAAACUCAGAAUAUUUCAAAGUAAUGAAAUAUAAAAUGCAUUAGUCAAAAAACUACACAUGAUUUUUUUGUGCCUAAUAAGAGAGCAUUCAAAAUAUGAGGAAAUUAGUGAAUCUGCAAGUUCUUCUGAAUCACCUUUAUCACCUUUUUUUAAUAAUAACACUUAAAAACAAAUUUUUACAGAGAAGCAGUUUAUGGAAAUGAACAUCUUGGAUUCCAGACUCCCUCCAAGUUGUAUAUCUAUUUUUUUUUUUUAAAGGAAAAUCAGGCAAGUCGAAACAAAUAGCAUAGUACAGGCUGAAAUAUAUGGCUAAAUUGUUAACAGAACAUAUUUAACAAGUUAUAUAAAUUGUGUUGACAUUAUUGCAAACAAAUUAACUAAAUGCAAAUUUGACUGUAUUACAUGUGUGAGAGUAAUAAGUAUUAAUACACAGAGGUUUAAACAGUUAAUAAAACAAUGUUAAGUGUUUCUGAGCCUGCUGCUGCAGGAUGAAAACAUUUUAAUGUUGUCCCUCAUUUCUGCUUUUCAUGUGUUAAAAUUGGUGGAGUGCUUCUUUAAUUUGUACAAAAGGGAUCCCACAUACAUACAGUAUAUAUAUUUAUCCAUGUGUGUGUCUGUGUGUGUUUGGUCACACAUACCUCAAAACAACACACAACACAACAGUGCCUGAGUGACGUUCUGUCAUCUUGUCUACAUGUACAGUUUUUUUUUUUUUUUGUAAUUUUAGUGUGCACGUCUGAUCGUGAAUAUCAUGUUUAUUAUCAUGUUUAUUAUCAUGCAGUGCUUUUUAAGCUUCAGUAGAUUAAGCCUUAAAGUUUCCCCUCAUGCCUCAAUGUUUUCAUGUCCCAUACCGAAGUGCUACGACACACUGCCUUUAGUGAUGGUGCUAAACAAAAAGAUGGAGGGGCAGGCGGAGAGUGGCCGGAGAGUGGCAGUGCUAUAUUAGUGUUUUCCAGACUAUUAUACGUGGCACUCUUUACCUCCCAUCGCAUAUAGAUAUCUCAGGCGUUUGAGCAACCGUCAUGUUUGUCUUUUUGUUGAAAAAAGGGGAUUUAUUUCUCUUAACUGUCCAUUGAAUGUUUAUGUACUUUAUAGAUGUUUCCUAAAGGACGACAAGGAAUAGAAAUAUCUAUUAUGUGGAAAAAACAAGAAGUGAAUUACUAUUUAUUUAGUAAAAAAGACAAAAAAAGAGAAUGCAUUGCACAAUGUUUAACCAAGAUAACAAGAAGGGAAGUGAUAAAGAUCGGAUGAUUUUAACUGUUUUAAAGUUGUUAGAUUUUCAGUAUUAUUUUAAUAUUGUUGCAUCCUUUGUAUGCUCGUUCAAUUUAAUUAACCUAUCUGCAUAAAAUGUAAGGGAUGUCCUCUCUGUGUUCAGUUUUCUCGCUUUAAAAACAGUAAAUGUGGUUGUGUACAAUUUUUUAAAUAUUCAAACAGAAACGACUAUUUUGACUCUCUCCUACAAUUUCUACAGUGUUUGGUUUCCGUAAAUGAAAAUGUGUCAAAUGUCAAUUCCUCAAUAAAAGACAGUUUUGAACAUC